AUGGCUACCGAACAGUCGGCCCUUGAGCUCAAGCAGCAGGGUGCCAUCGAGGCUGCUCAAGAUCCCAAUUCGUCCGUGACCGCAAACGAUGCACAGAAGAAGAUGGUCGAGGAGAGCAAGAACGCCGGAGUUGCUGCCUUUACCUUCGACCCGGAUGCCAGCCUCGAGGAGAAGAAACGCCAGGCCAGAGCCGCUGUGCCGGACGAGCUCAGACACCACCGAAAGCACCAGGCAGUCGCAGUCGCUACCGAUGCCGAUGACGAAGGCGCUGUCAAGGCCGAUUACCUGCCCCCAGCGUCCAAAGCCCAAGCCGUGGAAUUCGAGAAGGACGCGGACGGGAAAACCGCAGACUCCAAAGAAGACGACGCAGCUUUGGCUGCCAAGGUUGGGUGGACGCAGCGCUUUGGCUGGCCCAACGAGAGCAUUACCGAGGGCGAAAGCCUGCUGGACCAUCAGACCUGGGUCGAGGGUAAGAUCUCCGACAAGUUCUUCGGUGAUUGGUACCACAAUGCCGCCGUUAUCGGCUUUGCCUGCCUGUCCUCGUGGCUCAUCGCCAUGCUGGGCGGUGGCUUGGCUUGGGUGUUCAUCAUCAUGGCCGUAUGCUCUACCUACUAUCGAACCUCGCUUCGACGAGUUCGACGCAAUUUCCGCGACGACAUCACGAGAGAGAUGGCUCUGAAGAGGCUGGACUCGGACCAUGAAUCUCUGGAAUGGAUUAAUGCCUUCCUACUAAAGUUCUGGCCUAUUUACCAACCCGUCCUCGCCGAGACCAUCAUCAACUCUGUUGAUCAAGUCUUGAGCUCCGCCACUCCGGCCUUCCUUGACAGCUUGAAGUUGAAGACUUUCACGCUCGGUUCCAAGCCUCCCCGCAUGGAGCAUGUGAAGACAUACCCGAAGGAGGAAGAUGACACUGUUGUCAUGGACUGGGCAUUCAGCUUCACUCCCAACGAUACCGCCGACAUGACGGCGCGCCAGAUCAAGAACAAGGUAAACCCGAAGGUCGUCCUCGAGAUCAGAGUUGGAAAAGCCAUGAUCAGCAAGGGUCUCGAUGUCAUUGUCGAGGAUAUGGCCUUCUCGGGCCUCAUGCGCCUCAAGAUGAAGCUUCAGUUCCCCUUCCCCCACAUUGAGAAGGUGGAGAUGUGCUUCAUGGAACGACCAACGAUUGACUAUGUCUGCAAGCCUCUGGGUGGCGAAACCUUUGGGUUCGAUAUCAACUUCAUUCCUGGCCUUGAGAAGUUCAUCUUGGAGCAGAUUCAUGGCAACCUGGCCCCCAUGAUGUACCACCCUCAUGUUUUCCCCAUCGAGGUAGCCAAAAUGUUGGCGGGAACUCCAGUCGACCAAGCGAUUGGAGUGGUUGCUGUCACUCUCCACGGUGCCCAGGGUCUCAAGAACCCAGACAAUUUCUCUGGAAACCCUGAUCCAUACGUCUCGCUCACCCUAAACAAGCGGGCCGAGAUCGCCCGGACUAAGACCGUCAAGGACACUUCGAACCCCAAGUGGAACGAGGUUCACUAUGUUAUCCUCACUUCCUUCAACGAUUCAUUAGACCUGAUGGUCUAUGACUGGAAUGAGUUCCGCAAGGACAAGGAACUCGGUGUUGCUUCUUUCAAAUUGGACCAGAUUGAGGAGCUGACUGUCCACGAAAACCAGCGUUUGGAGGUGAUUGCUAACGGAAAGGCGCGUGGUGUUGUGUCUGCUGAUAUCCGCUUCUUCCCAGUUCUUGAACCCAAGAAGUUAGAGGACGGCUCGAUGGAGCAGCCGCCAGAGUCCAAUACUGGUAUUCUGAAAUAUAAGGUUGAGCAAGCUAAAGACCUCGAUGGAACUAAGUCAUUGGUCGGACUGCUCAACCCGUACGCUGUUCUCACUCUGAACGGCAAGGAGGUCCAUACAUCCAAAAAGCUCAAGCGCACGAAUAACCCCAUUUGGGACAACGCCUCCAAAGAGAUGCUCAUCACGGACCGCAAGAAAGCCGAGCUAGGCCUUGCGAUCAAAGACGAUCGCGAGCUGGCUGGAGAUCAACUCAUUGGUGCCCACAAUAUCAAGCUAGACGACCUGUUGGAGAUGAUGGAGCAAGGAAAGGAUUGGUUCCUUCUUUCGGGGGCCAAGACCGGACGUGCCAAAAUCACCGCGCAAUGGAAGCCUGUCGCUCUAUCUGGAGUGUUGGCCGGAAGUGGAGGCUACCAGACCCCAAUUGGUGUCAUGCGCUUACACUUCAAGAACGCACGUGAACUACGGAACUUCGAGACUAUGGGUAAAUCGGAUCCGUAUGUUCGCGUUGUCGUAUCUGGCAUUGAGAAGGGUCGCACUGUGGUUUACCGCAACACCCUCAGUCCAGAGUGGGACCAGAUCAUCUACGUCCCCGUACAUUCUGCUCGAGAUCGCCUAACCCUGGACGUCAUGGACUCAGAGAAAAUGGGCAAGGAUCGCAGCCUUGGUCUGAUCGAGCUUCUUGCUAGCGACUACGUCCGUCAAGAGGAGAACGGCGAGUACGCCGUUCAUGACCAGAAGACGCUGCACGAGGACGGCCUUCGACUGCACGGGAAGGGCGUCGCCAAGGGUGUUCUGUGCUACACUGCGGCAUUCUACCCUUGCUUGAAUGUUGCUGACCCCGAGGAUGAGGAGGAAGAAGAGGAGAGCAAACAGGUCGCUCCAGAGCCCGCGAAGCAAUCUCUUGACAUUCCCAGGCCCACGGAUGCUGGUAAAAUCACGCCGCUGGAGAGAGUCACAACAAAUGCUUCCCAACGCUCCCAGCCUAGUACUCCGCUAUCGCCAACGAUGCCGAAGUCACCCACAUCACCUGCAUCAGCAAAUGGCCGCAAAUCUCGAGACGCACCAAGGGAAGUUCCCAAAGUUCACCUCAACCCAGAAGAGCUCCUCAAGCACGAGUCUGGCUUCCUUAUCUUCAAGCUCAUGGAAGGCCAGAUGCCAAAGAGCGGUACUCACCUGGAGGUGUACGUCGACGACAUGACCUACCCAUCGUAUGUCUCCGGUACCGCCAAGACGAAGAGCUUCAAGUUCGACGAGAUAGGCGACUGCUUCAUCCGCGAACUCGAGUUCUCUCGUUUAACCCUGAAGGUCAGGGAAAAGCGUGAGAAGCCUGGCGAGGAGCGCGACGAGGACCAUACUGUGGCUCGUCUUGCCGGCAACACGCUGGAUACUCUCAAGCAGUGUUUGAACAACCCCACUGUACUUCGUCUCAAGGAUGAAGAGAACAGAGAGACGCACAUCAAAGUUAGCUUGAAGUACAUUCCUGUCACGAUGCUGCUAGAUCCCAGUGAGAGUAUUAACAACAUGGGUAACCUCCGUGUCGAUGUCCUUGAUGCAUCAGACGUUCCCGCCGCCGAUUCCAACGGCAAGAGUGAUCCUUACGCCAAGUUCGAGUUUAAUGGCCAAGACGUUUUCAAAACGAAGACCCAGAAGAAGACUCUCAACCCGGUUUGGAACGAGUUCUUCGAGAUACCCGUACCAUCUCGGACUGCUGCGAAGUUCAACGUCAAGGUCUAUGACUAUGAUUUCGCAGAUAAGCCAGACUUCCUAGGCGGCGCUGAUAUCAACCUUGAGCACCUUGAUCCAUUCAAAGCUAAAGAAGUCAAACUGCUUCUGGAUGGCAAAUCCGGCUCUAUCAGACUACGGCUGCUCUUCCGUCCUGAUUAUGUUUCUCGAUCGCGUCUAGGUACUGGAACCUUCUCCGGGACGUUUGGCACACCGGGAAGAAUUGUAACUGGAGUUGCUGGUGCUCCCCUCAAGGGAGUUGGCGCUGUUGGACAUGGAGUUGGGAAAGGUGCUAGUUUCAUCAAGCGAGGGUUUACGGGCCGCAAGAAGGAUGAAGACACCAACGGAGCUACGCUGGUAGCGGGCAACUCGGAUGUCCCAUCCAUCGUCACCAAUGGCGAUGCGCCAGCUCCAGGCUCAGGACUGCGCCGAUCAACAGGCCUUGCUUUGGACGGUGCUGAGGCGCCUAAUACGCCCCCUGGUACUUCCCACGGUAAUGGCAACGCCCAUCACCGAACGCCAAGUAUGGGUGGUGUGUCUAUUCACAGUAUGGCUCCUACGGGCGCUGGCGCUGGCACAGCCACCUUCCAGGUCAUUUCAGCCUCUGGCUUCCCGCCAGCGUCUGACGUUUAUGUCAUGAUUCGUCAGUUGACCCCCAAGGAAAAGACAGUAGGCAAGACGAAGCACCACGAAUCACCCUCAGGCCAGAUCCAGUUUGAUGAGACAUUCAAGCAUGCCUGUCAUGCGGACACUCAAUUCCGCGUUGAUGUCAAGGGUCAUCACACUUUUGGCAGCGAUGAUGACCUGGGUGAGACCCUGUUCUUCGUAGACGAUACUGGCGGUAGCGAGAAGGAGAUCAAGGUCGGCUCCGGAUCGGUCGUCAUCAAGAGCUCUUUCGUCGAGGCCGCUUCUUCCCUGACAACUGGCAGCCCACGCAGCGCCAACCCGAUGAGGCGAAGCUUUUUGUCCAAGAAGGAGAACAGAACCAGCCGUGAGAGCACACCUACGUAG